GGCGCUGUGGUCAGAUGCCAUAUUGAGACACGGGAUCAUUUCCGGUGGUGAAAGGUGAACUCGUCUAACAAACAUGGAUUCCAACAACGCCGAAGACGAUAUGAGUGGGGAUGGAGACAUCACUUCUGUUAUGGGAUUCUCCGGAUUCGGAAAGAAGGCUCGCACGUUUGACCUCGACGCCAUUUUUGAACAGACCCGAAGGACCGCCAUUGAGAGGAGUCAACGUGCGUUAGAUGAGCGGCAAAAAGCGGAGGAGGAAGGAGAAAGCUCCACAUCCGUGCCCACGCAGAAAGACAAACCGACGGCACCGGCCACUCACAGGAAACAGGAAGAUGACAGCAGCAGUUCAGACUCAGAGCCUAUUGGCCCUCCGUUACCUCCAAAAGAGGACGAUGACGACGAUGAUGAUGAUCUGGUGGGACCGCCUCUUCCGCCCGGUUACAAAAGUAUUCAAAGUGGUGGUGAUGAUGAUGAGGAUGAUGAUGAUGAUGAUGACGACGACGACGACGACGAGGAUGCUGAAGAUGACGAGGAUGAUACUCCAGUAAAGAAGAUUCCUGACACUCAUGAGAUCACUAUGCUGCACGGCACCAAGACAGUGUCCGCCCUCGCCUUAGACCCCUCCGGAGCGCGCCUGGUGAGCGGCGGCUUCGAUUUUGACGUCCGCUUCUGGGAUUUCGCCGGCAUGGACCAGGCUCUGCAGUCCUUCCGUACGAUCCAGCCGUGCGAGUGCCAUCAAAUCAGAUCCUUGCAGUACAGCAUCACAGGGGACCGUAUCUUGGUGGUGUCAGGGAACGCACAGGCCAAGGUGUUGGACCGUGACGGCUUCAACGUGAUGGAGUGCAUCAAGGGAGACCAGUACAUCGUAGACAUGGUCAACACCAAGGGCCACACUGCGAUGCUGAACGACGGCUGCUGGCAUCCCAAGAUGAAGGAGGAGUUCAUGACGUGCUCCAACGACGGAACCGUACGCACGUGGGAUGUAACCUCUGAGAAAAAACACAAGUCCGUGUUCAAGCCGCGCUCCUUCCAAGGGAAAAAGGUCAUCCCCACGUGCUGCACCUACAGCCGCGACGGAAAGCUCAUCGCCGCCGGCUGCCAAGAUGGCACCAUCCAGAUCUGGGACAGGAACAUGAGCGUCCACACAAAGUUCCAUUGUCGGCAAGCCCACAUUCCAGGAUCCGACAUCUCUUGCCUCUCCUUUUCGUACGACGGCGUAAUCCUUGCGUCACGUGGAGGUGAUGACACGCUGAAGAUGUGGGAUGUCCGCAACUUCAAGAAGCCAUUAAAUAUGGCUAAUGGGCUGACUAACUACUUUACCAUGACGGACUGCUGUUUUAGCCCAGAUGACCAGCUCAUUGUGACGGGCACCUCAGUGAAGAAAGACGAGGGUAACGGGAAGCUGGUGUUCUUUGACCGAUCUACCUUUCAGCGGGUUUAUGAAAUUGACGUCACCAAUGCGAGCGUGGUGCGCUGCUUGUGGCACCCGAAGCUCAACCAGAUCAUGGUGGGAACGGGAAACGGCCUGGCCAAGGUCUACUACGACCCCGUCAAAAGCCACAGAGGGGCUAAGCUGUGUGUCGUGAAGAGCAAGCGGAAACAGAAGCACGCAGAGGCCCUCACCCAGGAGUAUGUCAUUACACCUCACGCCUUGCCCAUGUUCCGAGAGGCCCGGCAGAGGAGCACACGCAAGCAGCUGGAGAAGGACAGACUGGACCCCAAGAAGUCCCAUAAACCCGAGCCUCCCGUGUCUGGACCAGGUCGAGGUGGCAGAGUGGCGGCCCACGGCGGCACGUUGUCCUCCUUCAUCGUGAAGAACAUCGCUUUGGACAAAACCGACGACAGCAACGCGCGAGAGGCCAUCCUGCGUCACGCCAAGGAAGCUUCGGAGAACCCUUACUGGGUGGCCCCGGCUUACAAGAAGACACAACCCACUCCUUUGUUUGCAGAAGAUUCCGAGGAGGAUGAGGAGGGUGAAAAGGAACCUGAGUGGAAGAAGCGUAAGAUCUGAGGAACUCUCUAGAACUCAAAGUGGACUGGAGGCUGCUUAUAGAAGCCCAGAACAGAGGUACUGUCUGGCUCCAUCAUUUACUACCAGGUCGCCCUGGUCAUAUUUUUUAAGGCGUACUUAGUGUUUUUAUGUGCAGUAUAGUGCAAUUUAUGUUCACUUUUUGUCUUCUCCAUCAUGAAUCACACCCCAGUUUCCUUCUGUCUAGCAGUUGUAAAAUCGCUGCUUUGAUUCCCGAUACAUGAAGACAGAAGGGUAGUUUUUCUACAUCUCGAAUACCGCCUUAAAUCUGCAAUGAGUUAUUCAUUUUGAGUCCAACACAGUAACUUACAUUGACCAUACGAAGAAAUUCAUAUUGCAGCACAUCCAGUUCUAAUAAAUCAUUUACAAGCCCAUUAUUUUCCAGUGCUAUUAAAACGCUGUGUAGCUGCAUAUACGUGCAAAUGUCAAGUACAUCUACGAGUGACCAUGCUCACUGUCCAUAAAUAUUUGAGUUGGCGUACGUAAUGCAAACCAUCUUCCUGGAAAGCGUACUCAUCAAGGGCCCCUUUUUUUUUU